AUGAGCGCCUCCUCGGACAAAACUUCGCCCAAAGAUACGUAUAUCGACGAAAGAUGCGAAGAAAUUCGUCAGUUGGUGCUCACCAGGAAAGCUGCUGUUAUGGAAGAGUUUCGUCAAAAGCAGGAGGAGUCAAAAAACAACAUGGCUGCCUGGGAGGAAAGUAUUCGUCAGAAAAUUGAGACUGUAGAAAACAAGGUGAAAAGCAAUAAGGAACGUCAGGAACGUAUUCGUCAGGAAAUGGAAAAGUUGAAACCCAAAAAGGCUCCAUCAUCGGAACCAAUUCCUCAUCCAGCGUACAAUUUAAGAGAUUACGGUGAUUUAAGUUUCGAGGGAUUGACAGCUCUUGAGGGGGGUCAGAGAAGUGAAGCUCGUCGCACCUCUGGUGAACCGAUACUCUAUUUAGAAUUGUUGAGAGGAUCAGUUUCCAAAAACGCUGGAUCGUCGGGAGUAUCUUCUAGAGAAUCUUCUGGAGCACUUUUUGGAGUUUUUCCUGGAGCAUCUUCUGGAGAAUCUUCUGGACUAUCGGACAAGAAAAUGAACAGUCAAAUUCGAAAGAUGAGCGCCUCCUCGGACAAAGCCUCGGAUGAAACCAAGGACGUGUCGAGAAAAGAAAGAGACGAAAAAAUGCAUCGCAUUCGCGCUGAGAGUCUGGAACUUAUUCGUCAGGAACUGGAGAAGAUUAAAAAUAAUGAGGCUACAUCAUCGGUACCGAUUUCUCACCCAGUUUUCAAUCCAAGAGAAUACGAUAUUUUCAAUUUCCUGGAAUUGAGAGCUCUUUUGGAUAAAAUGCUCGAAGCGAGGGAAGAAACAAGUGAAGCCGCUGGUACUUCAACCAAGGACAUGUCAAGCAACGAAAUGGUCAAUCCGAGAGAAGACACUGAUUUCAGCUGUUCGAGAGGCGCAGCUAUUUUCGUUAGAACGGUUGAAGCAUAUGAUGAAACAAGUAAAGCUUUUGGUGAGGCGGUAUACGACCUGGAAGAGUUGGAAAAUACUUCAACCAAGGAUAUGUCGAGCGAAGAAAAAUACGAAAAGCGGCGUCAGAAUGUCGCUGCACUUCUGGAAAAUGUUCGUCUAACGCUAGAGAAGAUCAAAAAUAAAAAGGCUACAUCAUCGGUAUCGAUUUCCCAUCCAGUGGUCAAUACAGGAGGAGAGGCUGACUUCAGCUCUUCGGAAGUCGAAGCUAUUUUCGAUAAAAUGGUUGAAGCAGAGGAUGAAAAAAGUGAAGCAGCUGGUAAACCGGUAUACGAUCUGGAAGAUUUGAAAAAAGUAAUUUUGGACUCCCUGGAUAGAUUGUCCGUUUUCCGUUCUGUUUAUGCAUCUCUGGAGAGAUAUUGCAGUGAGCGUGUUGGCGCUGCUAGAGCUACGGUGUCAACUUCUGAAGCCACUUCUGGAAACCCCACUGGAAACUCUGUUGAAGUGUCUUCUGGAGCAUUUUAUGGAGCAAAGUAUGUAGCGAUUUCUGAAGCUUUUGAACCGGCGGAUCAGAAAAGUGAUGAUCGUCGGGUUGCUGGUGGACCGGUCUACGAUCCAGAACGGUUAACAGAAGAAGGCAGAGCAGUUUUUCAAAAAUUGGCCAGAUCUACUAGCACCAUCAUUCCGGGUUACACAAGAGGUGGACAAUGGGAAGAGGAUUAUCAGAGAGAGCAGAGAUAUUGGGAGGAGCGUGAUGGAGCUGCUGGAUCGUCGGCAGCAUCUUCUGGAGCAACUUCAGGGGGUGCAGGUUCUGGAGGAGGAACUUCUGGAGAAGGUUCAGGACCAUCUUCUGGAUCAUCCGACCAGAAGAAUGAAAACUAA